UUGGAAUUUGGGAAGAGUUGAAGGCACAAUGCCAAAGCUAUCCAACCUCUAUCUCUUGGCCUACAACUCUCUUCAGGCCGUUGCCUGGGCAGUUUGUCUCGCUUUAAGCUUGAGCAGCUUUGUCUCCACCAAGGCCGUCAAUGGAGCUUAUGCUUCUGCUGGAGACCUCAUCUAUUUUCUCCAAAUGGUUCAGUUCUUGGAAGUUAUACACGGAGCGGUUGGUCUCGUGCCGAGUGGAGUGGUGUUUCCUCUGAUGCAAUGGGCAGGAAGGGCUCAUUUUCUGUUUGUUUUGCGCCAAACCCAUGAGGUCCAAGAGUCGCCAUCAGUCUUCAUAACUUUUGUUGCUUGGAGCUUAAGUGAGGUUAUUAGGUAUCCACAUUAUGCUUUUAACUGCAUGGGAAGUUACCCUUCAUGGAUUACCUAUCUCAGGUACACUGCAUUCAUUGUCUUGUAUCCUCCAGGGAUGGCUGGUGAAACCUGGCUUAUGUACCAAGCACUUCCUUUUGUAAAGAAGACGAGCCUCUUCCCAGAUUUAUUUGCUGGCCUCAGCUAUUAUAACUUUCUGAGGGUUUUGCUUGUCUGCUACCCAUUCCUCUGCUUGAAACUUUACCUGCAUAUGUUCAAGCAACGCCAAUCAAAGCUGGGUAAACACCCCAAGAAGAAGAAAAGGUGAUGCCAGUUUCUGGUGAUUCAGAAACACACACUUCAUAAAGAGAGGUGGUGAUUGAGAGUUUUAGUUUGAAUGAGUUAGUGGCUUACCAAUCCACCGGUUGCAAACCUGAGAAGCAAGCAUGCAAUCACGGCUCCAAGCAACUGGGCAAUCCAGUACAAAAUAGACCUGACGAGAGAGAUGUUGCCGCCAAUAAAGGCACCAAAUGUGACAGCAGGGUUAACAUGACCGCCGGAGAUGUUUGCUGCAAUGGAAACCGCCACGAAAAGUGCAAAGGCAUGGGCCAAGGCAGCGGCUAUAAGGCCAGCCGGUGUCGUUGAAGCACCGUCAGUGAGCUUGCCUGUCAAAGCACCAAAUAUAAGAUUAAUAAGCAUAUGUACUAAUGAACAAAAACAAAAUGUUUAUUUGUCAAAUAAUCUUAUAUGUUAUGUUAUCGAA